GAACAACAGAGAGACAUACACAUACUUCGCAGGCUCGCACUUUCCAGUUUUAUCUGGGAUUCCAAAUAAACUUCUUCUCAAAGUGUUCUUCGUCUUCUUCCUCAUUUUCAAAUUUCCUGAUUGAAUUAAAAAAUAAAAUUAAAAAAUGGAGGAAAGUAUUGCUUUAUCUGAAACUUUACAGGUUAACUCCGCCUCUUCUCGCGUUAUCUGCCGUGUAUGUCAAAAGCAAUUUUCGCAGUAUACUUGUCCUCGUUGUAAUACCAGGUACUGCUCCCUCCAUUGUUACAAGUCUCACAGCCUCCGAUGCACUGAAUCUUUUAUGCGGGAGAAUGUUGUGGAUGAGAUGAAACAGCUACGCCCUGAUGAUGAGAGCAAGAAAAAAAUGCUGGAGAUUCUCAAAAGAUUUCAUGCUGAAGAUGAGGAGGACGGCAUGGAUGAAGAUGACUCAACUCUCUCUGAGGAGACUAUUCAAAAGGCUCUAUCAGGAGGUGAAAUAAAUUAUGACGACUUAAGUGCUGAAGAAAAGAAACUUUUCCAACGAGCUAUAACAACUGGAGAAUUGAGCAAGAUGAUCGAGCCAUGGGAGCCAUGGUGGUUGAAGCCUUCUGCUCGAACAAUAUCUCUGAGUCAUGGAGGAACUCGGCUUAUCCAGCCUUUAGCAAGCGAGGAAGCAUCAGGAUCUCAUUCUGUUGAAAACCUUGAGAGUGAAAUUCCUCCUGGACCUGAGACACCUUUGCCAUCGCCUAAGAAUCUUACUUCUGCUGAGCCUUCUCCACUUCUCCCCUUUCAUCUGGUUGACAUCCUGUACAGCUAUUGUUUCACACUUCGCCUUUAUAAUGGGGAUUGGUCGUCAGAUUCUAUCGGAGCUUCCAUGGUGGUCUUAAAUGUAUCCGCUGUUUUAAGCCAGGGAGCACAGCCAGAAUCCUUAUUAGAAGCUGUUUCAUAUUGCUUAGAGCAGACUUGUUCACCAGACUUUAGACACAUGGGUGGUUUACAGUUCGGUUUUGGUGUUCUUGAUGAUGUAGUGUCUUUAAUAUCCUUGGGCAGGGCUGCUGUAGUAUGUGCACUAUGUGACCUGCAGAGGAUGAUUGCGGCAGGAGAGAUGGAGCUGAAAUCCGAGAAACCAAGAAAAGCAAAGAGUUCAGAGGUCACGAGCAAGCUCAAGUCUGCUGGAAGGAAGAUCUACUUUAUAUUGUGCUGGGUGAACGAGCAGCCAGAAGAAGUUUGGUCUUCUCUGUCAGUUCUUGUUCAGGCUGAAAAGGCUUCGCAAUUGGAAUACCAAGGCAAUGGAAAGAGGAGAACCUUAAAGACAGAGAAGACAAACGAUGAUAGCAAAGCUCUAAUAAAAGAAAUUUAGUUAUUUGAAUGUUCCAUGUUCCAUCUUAUGUUAUGAAGAGUUACUUUUUUGAUAGGUGUGGUAGCGAGAAUUGUUUUUUGAUAGGUAUGUUAUCGAGAGUCAAUUAGGAUAGUAAAAAGUAAUGUAUAACUCUAGCAAAGCAGAGCAUGUACAAAAGCUUUUCUUGUGCAAGGAUAUUGGAUAGCUUUUUUGCAGGAUA